ACCAGACCAGAAUUUGAAACUUUCCAAAGACUUCCAAUAGACAUUGAAUGCAAAUGGAUACUUAGGUUGCCUUUGAGACCAAGGGGAAGAAUACAGGUGUCACGUUCACCCAAGAAGUCUGCAUUUAAACCUCUGUACAUAGAAUGGAUGAUGGUUAUUGAAACAGCCCAAACCUCUUUCACAGUGCAAGGGAUAUAGCUCGAGAGGCAAGCAGGCAGUCCCAGAACCAAGGAAUGGAUGACUACAAAUAUCAUGACAACUAUGAGGGCUAUGCCCCCAGUGAUGGCUAUUAUCGUGGUAAUGAAUCCAAUCCAGAAGACGAUGCACAGAGUGAUGUUACAGAAGGCCAUGAUGAGGAGGAUGAGAUCUAUGAGGGCGAGUACCAGGGCAUCCCUCACCCAGAUGACAUCAAGGCAAAGCAGACCAAGAUGGCGCCCUCCAGGGUGGAUGGUAUUCGGGGCCAGGCAGACCUGAUGGCCGAGAGGAUGGAAGAGGAAGAGCAGCUGGCCCACCAGUACGAGACCAUCAUUGAUGAGUGUGGCCACGGACGCUUCCAGUGGAUCCUCUUUUUUGUUUUGGGUUUGGCCCUGAUGGCUGAUGGGGUGGAAGUGUUUGUGGUGAGUUUUGCCCUGCCCAGUGCAGAGAAGGACAUGUGUCUGUCUAGUUCCAAAAAAGGAAUGCUUGGGCUGAUAGUCUACCUAGGAAUGAUGGGGGGAGCCUUCAUCCUGGGGGGCCUGGCUGAUAAGCUGGGGAGGAAGCGAGUCCUCAGCAUGUCCCUGGCCAUCAACGCCUCCUUCGCCUCCCUCUCUUCCUUCGUACAGGGAUAUGGAGCCUUCCUCUUCUGCAGACUCAUCUCAGGCAUAGGUAUUGGGGGUGCUCUGCCCAUUGUUUUUGCCUAUUUUUCUGAAUUCUUGUCCCGGGAGAAACGAGGAGAGCAUCUCAGUUGGUUAGGCAUCUUCUGGAUGACUGGGGGCAUCUAUGCGUCUGCCAUGGCCUGGAGCAUCAUUCCACACUAUGGCUGGGGCUUCAGCAUGGGCACCAACUACCACUUCCACAGCUGGAGAGUGUUUGUCAUCGUCUGCGCUCUGCCCUGCACUGUGUCCAUGGUGGCCCUGAAGUUCAUGCCAGAGAGCCCGAGGUUUCUGCUAGAGAUGGGCAAACACGACGAAGCCUGGAUGAUUCUCAAGCACGUCCACGACACCAACAUGAGGGCUAAGGGGGCCCCAGAGAAGGUGUUCACGGUUUCCAACAUUAAAACUCCCAAGCAAAUGGAUGAAUUCAUUGAGAUCCAAAGUUCAACCGGGACUUGGUACCAGCGCUGGCUAGUCAGAUUCAAGACCACUUUCAAGCAGGUCUGGGAAAAUGCUCUGUACUGUGUGAUGGGGCCCUACAGGAUGAACACACUGAUUCUGGCCGUGGUCUGGUUCACCAUGGCUUUAAGUUAUUAUGGACUUACAGUUUGGUUCCCUGAUAUGAUCCGGUAUUUUCAAGAUGAAGCAUACAAGUCCAAAAUGAAGGUAUUUCACGAUGAGCAUGUGUAUGGUGUCACAAUCAACUUCACAAUGGAAAAUCAGAUUCACCAACAUGGGAAACUUGUGAAUGACAAGUUCACAAAGAUGUACUUUAAACAUGUACUUUUUGAGGACACUUUAUUUGACGAGUGCUAUUUUGAAGACGUUACAUCGACUGAUACCUAUUUCAAAAACUGCACCAUUGAAUCGACCAUCUUUUAUAACACAGACCUCUACCAGCAUAAGUUCAUCAACUGUCAUUUUAUCAACGUCACCUUUCUGGAGCAGAAAGAGGGCUGCCACAUGGACUUAGAGCAAGACAACGACUUCUUGAUUUACCUCGUCAGCUUCCUUGGCAGUCUGUCUGUCUUGCCUGGGAACAUCAUAUCUGCCCUUCUCAUGGAUAGAGUCGGAAGGCUCAAGAUGAUCGGUGGCUCCAUGCUCAUCUCGGCUGUCUGCUGCUUCUUCCUAUUUUUUGGCAACAGUGAGUCGGCGAUGAUUGGCUGGCAGUGCCUGUUCUGUGGGACAAGCAUUGCUGCCUGGAAUGCUCUGGAUGUGAUCACGGUGGAGCUGUAUCCCACCAACCAGAGGGCAACAGCCUUUGGCAUCCUCAAUGGAUUAUGCAAAUUUGGCGCCAUCUUGGGAAACACCAUCUUUGCUUCUUUUGUUGGGAUCACCAAAGUGGUCCCCAUCCUUCUGGCUGCUACUUCUCUCGUUGGGGGUGGCCUGAUUGCUCUUCGACUUCCCGAGACUCGAGAACAGGUCCUGAUGUGAACAACCUACAGGGAAAGGAAAUGUUGGAAGAACCUCGUCCAGGAACCUUAACUGCACCUACACUUCCUGUCCGUCACUGUCCAGAGGAUACCUGGAUAGCACAGGAGGAGAAGUUGAAUUUGUGACCCCUAGUCUAGCACCCAUUUCAGCUGUCUAUAUGUUUGUAACUCAGGUGACUUAUUUGAGGGUCUCCUGAGCUGUCCUCCCUUAGAGUCCCAGAACUGUGUGCUUGGCUAAUGGUGUCCCCAGCCCAAGGCGAGGGAGGAGGGAUCAUGCCCUCCAAACUAAGUAAGGGGUAUUUCCGCAAGUGAGGUGCAAGGACUUUUUUCAUUCAUUUCAAAAUGAAUUUGAGAAACACUCAAUGUCCUCCAUAAAGUUCCUCAGAGCCCAGGGACCUGACAAAUUGACUUGGUGGG